CAGCAGGAUCAAGGACAAACUCAAGCAGUAGUUUGCCUCCUUCCCUCUAUAUCUUUUGGUCCCACUUUUGCUUCGCUUGUGCUGACGUUUGUUUUCUCAGCCUCUAGUGUGCGUGCUGCGGCAGUUACUGCAUUAGACGCGCGUCAGAGUCGGAAGAGCAGAAUGAGCCGUCACGUAGUAUCGCAAUGCAAAGGCUUCGGACUACCGCAAGCAUGAUGGAUGUACGGAAGGCAGCGCAGGAUCAAGAGCAGAACGAUUCAGGUUACCAAUGCCGACGAAUGGUGUCCAUAUCGAGCAUCAAGUCCAUUCCAGAACUCAGUCCGGAUGUACUUCCAUUUCAAAUUAACGCCGGAACGUACAGCUCGAUCGAUCUCGACUUCACUGUGGACGACCCUCGCUGGCGUGGCAACAUUGAGUUCGCCGAGCCGAUCAGCAAAGCUUGGACGGACGACCCUACGCUGGACAGGAAUCCGGGAGGAUGGCCGGAACUCGUUUAUCCUGCUCUUCGCGACCGAUCCUCAUCGGUGCCGGCGAUCUGGGCGCAGCCUCUUGCGCGGGACUGAGGAGAGAGGGAUGGAUGCGUGCUAUUGUUGUGUUUUGGUUUAUCUGUAUGACAUUAAGCACACGAUCAUGUUUGCAUGAGCGACUGGAUAGGUUUUCGGUCUUUGCUCAUUUUAUGAUGAUGGUUCUGUCUGCUUUCAACUAUACCACUUUCGCGAGGUCUAUUGGUGCGGCUGCGCUGGAUUACAUAGGAUGUUUGAGGAAAUUGAAGUAAUGUCUCUUACCGGCCACUUCUCGACUUGGCUCUGU